CUUAUCAGAUCCUUUGCCCCUGAUGAGGGGCACAGUCGCUCGCUCGAUCGUAUAUACGAGCCUAUUACAACACCAAUGUAAGCAUAGAGGAUGAUCCACAGGUCCAGCAGUGGAGUACAAAGAGUGAAUCAUCCGGCGACUUGCUCCCUCAUGUUUUCUUUCUCAUCAGUCUCCAGUCAACUGCUGCACUACUUCUAGCAUAAGGUAUUGUUGUCAUUGCCAUUACAAGCUACCCAACCCUGUGCAGCAACCAUCCCUCUUUAAGAACCUCAUCAAACCAAACAUCACAACCUUAACUCUCACCUCCCCAACAUGUCCGGUUCCGGAGGCACGGCCAACCCCGCGUGGACCGCUGUCGACGCCUACUCCUUCUCCCACUGCCAUCCGGCAUCACGCCCCAACACCACUAUCCUCGAAAACACCCUGAAAGCCACUGAGGAAGCAGGCCUGCCCGCCAUCGCCGUGUCCCCGUCGCAGGGCAAGUUCCUCGCCUUGCACUGCCGCUCGCACGGCGUCACCCACGCACUCGAAGUCGGCACCCUGGGCGGGUACUCUGCCAUCUGGCUAGCCAGCGCGAACCCGCACCUGGUCAAACUUACAACAGUCGAGUACGACGCCCAUCACGUCGAGGUUGCGCGCAAAAACAUCGAGGCUGCGGGACUGUCCGACCGGAUCGAGGUCAUUCAUGGUGCUGCGCUGGAUGUGUUGCCAAAGUUGCAAGAGGAGGUGAAAGCGGGCAAGAGGGAGAAGUUUGGGUUUGUGUUUAUCGAUGCGGACAAGGUCAAUAAUUGGAACUAUUUCAAGAUGGCGUUGGAGAUGGUCAGGCCGAAUUCGGUUAUUUGUGUGGAUAAUGUUGUGAGACGGGGCAAGUUGGCGGAUGCGGAUAACACGGAGGAGGGUGUGGUUGGUAGCAGGCAGGUGGUGGAGAAUGCGGGGAAGGAGAAGGGGGUUGAUGCGGUUGUGCUGCAGACGGUGGGUGAGAAGGGGUAUGAUGGAUGGCUGUGGGCGCUUGUGGAGUGAUUCGAGCGUCACGGUUGGGGGAGGGGAUUGACAUAGGGUACUACCGUGACCUUACCCACCUGUAGUACGAUUAGACGGAGGAUUUCGACUAUGCCUCUACCCAGGGAGUAACCACCAUUGAUAUCUCUAUUUUCACCGGUACUGCCGGGGGUUUGAGUCACGCCGGCUGCCUUAUCUACCGGCAUACGGUGUCAGCUCCGUGCUGUUUCCGGCCAUGGUGACUUCGGGUCGGCCCGGAUUUAAGUAGCAAUAACUUAUCAUAUUUGCUCUCACAAUGCCAACAGCACCGGACCCAAUUACUUCCCCAUAACUCCUAAUUCCUACCUAGAGGACUCUCAAUAAGCGAGGGGUCCUCGCGUGCAGCUUCCUCAAUUUGCUUCCUGUAGGUCCUGACCGUGUCCAUGUUGACCGUGUGUUCCUUCAAACCUACGUCUUUUUCGAGGCGCAGACAGACCUCCAGAUCA